AUGCCACGCCAACAAAUCAACCUCGAACCCUACCGGGACGAGAUAAUCACGCUGUUUCAACACGGCAUCAGUAGCGAUGCCAUCAGCCGCACCCUCGAGAGCCGAUAUAGCAUCCAAGUCAAAGAACGGACCAUCCAGUCCCGACUACGCAAGUGGGGUAUCCGCAAACGCAGCCGAACCACGACUGCUGAUGAAGUGCUCCAUGCACGGAUCAAAAUACUCUUCAUGCAAGAUAGGCUGACCGACAAGGCAAUGCUGAAGCUGCUGCACCAAGACGGCUAUGACAUUUCUGAGCGGACGCUCCGCCGGCUACGGUUCCAGCUCGGGCUUCAUGCGAGGGCUUCAUUUGAGCAGGAACGGGAGUCUGGGCCGCUUCGACUUCCACUUCCUCUACCGAUUGCUGUGUCGGUCCCGGUGAUGGCAGCGAAAACUGGCCAGGGGCCUUGA